CCAGAAACCUCGUCAAAAUGCUCAGUUACUAAUAAAUAUUGACUCCGAACUAAGCCGAAAUUCGGAUUCAGCAUGUCAUUUUAUGGGUAAUUUAGUACUUUUUUCCGUUCCGGACCCUAGUCAGAUGAUAGGAUUUUGACGAGGUUUCUGGAAAACCAUCACAAGAAAAACCAUCUGGUCAAAGUCAAUACCUUGCGCCUUUUGUAGCACUAGUCGAGUAGUGUGUGGACUAACAAGAUCUCGAAGAACCGACGGGUAGUUUUCGAGGGAGGAGACCAGGAAGGGCCAAAGUAGGUCUCACGGCUACGCUUACCAUAAAGAAGUAAAAAGUGCUAGAGACUUCAUUGUUGCGUCAUACGAACAAACUUGGAAGCCGCUUUCAUUUGAAUAUAAAUAAAGUUAUGUUCUGUUGGGUUUUGAGCUCGUCCAGCACGCUAUAAAACGAGUGAUAUUUGCUAAUGCAGUUAAGGUCCUCCAGUCAAAAAUUCUUUCCUAAUGUCAGAAGAGAAAAUCUCAUUUGCGGAUAGAAAUAUGCAACUUUGUAUGCUCUUUCCAGCUAGUAGUAUGAAAACGCUUGAUAGUAUUAGAUAACGUCAGAUUUCGCUGUUCUGACACCCCUAAAAACGCGUCAAUUCAGAACUUAUGGCCGAGGAAAAACUGUGUUCGGAAUAAUUUUUCCAUGGGCCGACAGUGGACUUUUCAUACCUUUAGUAAGACUAUCGAUUGCAUAUAAUCAGACCUUCCCGGCUUCAAGUCGUGUAUAAAGUGGGCGGACCUGUGCGGAAGUACCCAGAGGUGAAGUAAUUGAAAUUGAAAUGGAAGAAAAAGAACCAGCUAAAUAUACAACUGUACACAAAUCAAAAUUAGUACAAACAUCAAGUUCAAAAAGUACGCCGGAUGAGCUCGAAUUAUUUGAUAUAGCUACAUAUAAAAAAUAUUUAAAGAUGCAAAAGAAACAAAAAGUGUAGCAACAACAAGUAAUAUUGAUCCAUCUGAUAUGGCUAAAUUGUAUCAGAGUUGUGCUGAUGAAAAAUUGAAAGAAUUUGGAAAAAUGAAGGCAGGAAAUUUUAAUUUGUCGGCAUACAAUCAUCAGUCGUACACCCCAACAUCAACAAGAAAAGAUAAUGUCAAUAAACUAUUGAAAGAAAUGGGAUUUGCCAGUGAUGACAGUGAUAAUGAAGAAGUUUAA